AUGAAGAUCAUAUAUGACGUACCUGGUGGAAUUCAGAGGGUUGGUCACCCUCACCCGGGAAGCGUAUACCAAGGUGGCAGAUUUGAAGCUUAUCUUCCAGAUAUUCCUGAAGCGAGGAACCUUUUGUCUCCAUUGGAAAAAGCUCUUAAGCAUGGGCUUACAUUCAAAAUCCAGGAAAAAGAUCCAGUGGACUGUGUGACAUGGAACUGCAUCCCACAUAAGACUUCCCUAAAUGGUGGAAGACAAAAGAAUGGGUUCCCAGAUUCCAUCUACUUGAAAAACCUGAAAAUGGUGUUAAAGCAGUAUGGAAUUGAGUAAAAAUGACCGUAACCAGCAUUAUAAUCUAUAUUUCUGUACAGGAUCCAUGGAUGAACAUAUUUUUGGUAUAAUCCUGAUUUAAAGCUCUACAGAAUAAAAUCUAUAUAUCUAUAACUUAACCUUAAUAUAGAAUGUAUAUAAUGGUAGCAACUGUAUAAAGUGUUUAAUUUACUCCUUUGCAGCAGUUGGAUGUCUUUAAUACUUAAGAGGAAAUCAAUUGAUUUUGUGAUGUUAAAUUGCUUGUUUUUUUAAUUUUGUUUUGAAGUGAGCAAAUUAAAUUAUACAUAACAGAUUAAAAUAGUUUCCUAAAAAAAAA